AUGAACCCUAGAUCAAAACCCGAUUCGGCGACGGUGUUGUCCUCCUAUCCAGAUUCUGGUGGCCUUGGGUGUGGCUAUGUGAUGAAUAGAUGGGGCUUCGCGGUGGGUUCGGUAUCAAUGGCGCUUGGAGAUGGUGUCGCGGAUGAGAGAUCGAGUCCCAGAGAUGCUUUCAUGCUGCAACAAUUUUCCAAUCCAGCCAAUACUCAGGUGCAUUUUGAAACAACAGCGGUGGCACAGUUUCCGGGGUUGGAUAAUAUCUUAAAUCCCGAAACCCCAACGUUAAGAUAUACGGAGUAG